GGGGCCCGCUGAAGAAGGCGGCCCCCGAAACCCGACUCCUCCUAGCGGGGAGGAGCGGCAGGAUUAGCUCAUCUCGGCGGCGGCGGCAGAGCAGCAGCUCGUCCGCGGGAGCCUGCUUCUCCGCACCUCGUUGCUUCACAGCGCCCCUCUGCUGAGCGCCGGCGGCUGGCAGGCGAGCGAGCGAGCGCGGAGCGAUCUUUGGAUUGGCCCCCCCGCCACCCGCUUGUGUUUCCCCCGGCCGGCUCUGAUGGCUCUGUGCAAUGGAGACGCCAAGUUGGAGAAUACCGGAGAAGAUCUCAAGGAUGGUCUCUGCCGUUACGAGGGAGCUGUAGUCAUACUUGAUGCUGGAGCUCAGUAUGGGAAAGUGAUAGAUCGCAGAGUGAGAGAAUUGUUUGUCCAGUCGGAGAUCUUCCCUUUGGAAACGCCAGCAUUUGCCAUCAAAGAACAGGGAUUCCGGGCUAUCAUCAUAUCUGGAGGACCAAAUUCUGUUUAUGCAGAAGAUGCACCCUGGUUCGACCCAGCAAUAUUUACAAUAGGCAGACCAGUUCUUGGAAUAUGCUAUGGCAUGCAGAUGAUGAACAAGGUAUUUGGGGGUACGGUUCACAAAAAAGAUGUUCGAGAAGAUGGAGUCUUCAACAUUACUCUGGAUAACACCUGCUCACUGUUCAGGGGGCUGCAGAAGGAAGAGGUUGUACUCCUUACCCAUGGAGAUAGUGUAGAUAAGGUAGCUGAUGGAUUCAAAGUUGUUGCGCAGUCAGGAAAUGUUAUAGCAGCCAUAGCAAAUGAAUCUAAAAAACUGUAUGGAGCACAGUUCCAUCCUGAAGUUAGCCUUACAGUAAAUGGAAAAGCAAUGCUGAAAAACUUCCUUUAUGAAAUUGCUGGGUGUAGUGGCACCUUUACAGUUCAGAACAGAGAAAUGGAGUGCAUUCAGGAAAUCAAAGACAAAGUGGGUUCAUCAAAGGUCCUGGUUUUACUCAGUGGAGGUGUGGACUCAACAGUAUGUACUGCUUUACUGAACCGCGCUUUGAACCAAGAUCAAGUUAUAGCAGUGCACAUAGAUAAUGGAUUUAUGCGCAAGAGGGAGAGUCAGUCAGUGGAGGAAGCACUCAAGAAGUUAGGAAUCCAAGUUAAAGUGGUAAAUGCGGCUCAUUCAUUCUAUAAUGGUACGACAACCCUGCCUAUCUCUGAGGAAGACAGAACUCCACGAAAAAGGAUCAGUAAAACAUUGAAUAUGACUACUAGUCCUGAGGAAAAAAGAAAAAUUAUUGGUGACACUUUUGUGAAGAUUGCAAAUGAAGUUAUUGGAGAAAUGAACCUAAAACCUGAAGAAGUCUUCCUCGCUCAGGGAACUUUGAGGCCUGAUCUCAUUGAAAGUGCUUCCGUUGUUGCUAGUGGCAAAGCUGAAGUCAUCAAGACUCAUCACAAUGACACAGAACUCAUUAGAAAGCUGAGGGAAGAGGGCAAAGUAAUAGAACCACUGAAGGAUUUCCACAAGGAUGAAGUCAGGGUGCUUGGGAGAGAACUGGGUCUGCCUGAAGAGCUGGUCUCGAGACAUCCAUUCCCAGGUCCUGGCCUUGCAAUUCGGGUAAUAUGUGCUGAAGAACCAUAUGUUUGCAAAGACUUCCCUGAAACCAACAACAUUUUGAAAAUCAUAGCAGACUUUUCUGCUAGUGUUAAAAAACCACAUACACUGUUGCAAAGAGUCAAAAGUUGCACAACUGAUGAGGACCAGGAGAAACUGAUGCAAAUCACAAGUCUACAUUCAUUGAAUGCCUUCUUGCUGCCAAUCAAAACUGUGGGAGUCCAGGGUGAUUGCCGUUCCUACAGCUACGUGUGUGGCAUAUCCAGUAAAGAUGCUCCACACUGGGAGUCCCUUAUGUUCCUAGCCAGACUUAUACCACGCAUGUGUCACAACAUAAAUCGAGUUGUCUAUGUCUUUGGCCCACCAGUCAAAGAACCUCCCACAGAUGUUACUCCCACUUUCCUGACGACAGGAGUCCUUAGCACAUUGCGGCAAGCUGAUUUUGAGGCUCAUAAUAUUCUCAGGGAAUCUGGUUAUGCUGGAAAAAUCAGCCAGAUGCCAGUCAUCUUAACACCAUUGCAUUUUGAUCGAGAUCCCCUACAGAAGCAGCCUUCCUGUCAAAGAUCAGUUGUCAUUCGGACCUUUAUAACUAGUGACUUCAUGACUGGUAUUGCAGCAACUCCUGGAAAUGAGAUACCAGAAGAGGUUGUGCUGAAGAUGGUGACAGAGAUUAAGAAGAUUCCUGGCAUCUCCCGGGUGAUGUAUGACUUGACUUCAAAACCACCAGGAACAACUGAGUGGGAGUAAUUAUUUUCUCCCUCAAUGAAAGUACUGUAUGCAGUUUUAAAUUAUAUCAGAAAAACCAUUCCCAGUGUUGACAUGCAGUACUGUGAAAAGAGUGACUGGAGCUGCUGCUACAUCACAUGUGAUUUUUUUUUCUUCUCUCCUGGAAAAUAAUCUGCAAAUUAAGAGUGAUGAUGUGGGGGUGGGGCGGGGGAAUAAGGUAAGUGGGGCUGAGGAUAUGUACGGGUAAUUAGGGCAGUGUUGCCUUUGUGCAGAUAGAUUUCAUAUUGCUUUGCCUUGGUUUUUUGGGGUCUUAUUCCUGUUUUGUUUUUUUCCGCCCACCACGUGUUUUUACUGUUACUGUUAUUUCAUUGUCUCUUUUUAAUUUUUUUGUAUACUGUGUAAAAAGAGACAGUUUAUUUACAUUUACCAAAACCAUUGUUAGAGCUUAUUAAUAAUGUAAAAUGGAAAAAAAAGUGACCAAUUGCUUUUGAAACAGAUUUAUUAUAAAUAAAUAUUUUGCCAAAUGGA